AGAAGAAAAGUUUAUUUUGGCUUUUCAGAAGGUUGGAGUCCAUCAUGAUGAGAAAGACAUGGCCACAGUCAAUGAAAGUAUGGUGCCAGGAGUAAAAAGCUGAAUUACCAUAUUUCAUCCACACUUGGGAAGCAGAGAUAUGAAACAGGAAUUGGGAGAGACUAUAACCCCCUACUCCUAGUGAAGUAAUUCCUCUGGCAAGGCGCCACCUUCCCAAACAGCACCACCAACUAGGGACCAAGUGUUCAAAUACAUGAAUCUGUUGGGGGCGGUUUUUAUUCAAGCCAUUUCACUUCCAUAAUACAGCACUGUUGUGAGCAGGGUCCUUACAGCAUGGAGUUCUUUUAAAGUCGUUGAAUAACUAUUAUUAACUCAUAAGUGAAAUAAAUCCCAGCAGUUGGGAGGCAGAGGCAAAGAACCUAGUUUAUGGAGAAUCUGGAACCCAGCUGUGAAGUGUGGAUUCGGGUGCAGAGUGAUACAACUGCUGUACAUAUAGACAUGCACACACACGAUGGGAGAUUAGUUAGCCUCCUAAGAGGAAGGAAGAACAUACUCUACAAGUAUGUUAGUCUUGAGGGCAUCACACAGAUAAUUUGACUUCUUUCCAAUGUAGAUGUCUCACCUAUUCUUCCCUACUUGCUCCGAAGAUGCCUUUCUGUGUUGUACUAAACAUAAAUACAAGACAAAUUGCAUUUACAGAUUUCAUACAUUCAAUGCUAAAACUUUUUUGUGUGUGUAUACAUGAACACUGCAUCCAUGUGAGCAGGAUAUAUAUAUAUAUAUAUAUAUAUAUAUAUAUAUAUACACAUAUAUAUAUGUAUAUGCACACACACACACAUAUAUAUGUGUGUGUGUGUGUAUGUGACUGCAGUGAACUGGACCUAUGUACUAUAAGAGAAGUUAGAAGUUAAGUGUUCUUGGUUGCUGAGCCAUCCCCUCAGCCCCCUGUUUUAUUUUACUUUUUUUCUUUCUAGGGCUUGAAUUCCUUAUAGAUGCAAGGCAAGUCCUUUAUGGACUGAGUUAUCUUCUAUUCUGGUUGUUUCUCUGUUGCUUUGUGAAAAAUCAUGCCCUUGACAAAGGUGUUUAUUUCAGCUUAUGUCCAUCACUGAGAAGCCAGGGCAGGAACUCAAGGCAGAGACUGAAGCAGAGACCACGGAGGAAUUCAACUUACACACUUGUUCUCCAGCGCUUGCUCAGCUUGUUUUCUUAUAAACCACGAUCAUCUAUCCCAAGGGUGGCACCACCCACAAUAGACUAGGCCCUCCCAUAGAAAGCACGAAUUAAGAAAAUGCCCACAGACAUGCCCUAGGACAACCUGGUGGAGACAAUUCCUUUUCUCAGAUGGCUCUAGUUUGUACCGAGCUGACAAAAAACUAAGCAGUACAUUUCCUCAGCUCCACAGAAAUGCUUUUAUCAGUCAGCUUUGCACAGGUUACUAGUGGGAAAAAUACAAGCUCCUUUCGCUUAUAGUUUUGGAGGUUCAAAGUUCAAGACUAGGUAGUGGUGGAUGUUGUUAGGUCUCUGUGAAGGUGGUGAAUCACGACAGAAGUGCAUCUCAGAGUGAGCAGCAGUCAGACUUCAAGGCAAAGUGGAGAAACUGGCAACAUUCUACAUCCUAGAAAGUUUUGUUUUGUUUUUUAAUAGCUGAGUGUAGUAGCUCACACCUUUACUCAUGGUACUCAGAGGAGGAGAAAGACAGAUCUCUUGAGUUCAAAGCUAACCCAGUCUACAGAGGUUUAGGAUAGCCAGGGCUACACAGAGAAACCCUGUCUUACAAACAAAACACCCCAAUAUAGUUGGAAAGAAGCAAUCAAGAUGAUACAAAACUAAUUAUUUAAAAUGUUAGGGUUUUAUAUUCUUAAGAUUUAUUUAUAAAUAAAUAAAUACGUAAGUACACUGUAGCUGUCUUCAGACACAUCAGAAGAGGGCAUCAGAUCUCAUUACAGAUGGUUGUGAGCCACCACGUGGUUGCUGGGAUUUGAACUCAGGACCUCUGGAAGAGCAGUCAGUGCACUUAACUGCUGAGCCAUCUCUCCAGCCCCCAAGACAGGGCUUUUCUGUGUAGUCCUGGCUGACCUGGAACUUGGUCUGUAGACCAGGAUGAUCCCAAACUACCUGCCCUUGCACAUCAACCAUUAAUCAAGAAAAUGCCCCACAAAUCUGCUCACAGGAUAAUUUGAUGAAAGUAAUAUUUCAACUAAGAAAUAUUACUUAAUUUUCAAGAUUAAAGACCCUUGUCCAGAUGUCUUAGUCAGGGUUUCUAUUCCUGCACAAACAUCAUGACCAAGAAGCAAGUUAGGGAGGAAAGGGUUUAUUCAGCUUACACUUCCACAUUGCUGUUUCUCACCAAAGGAAGUCAGGACUGGAACUCAAGCAGGUCAGGAAGCAGGAGUUGAUGCAGAGGUCAUGGAGGAAUGUUCCUUACUGGCUUGCUUCCCCUGACUUGCUCAGCUUGCUCUCUUAUAGAACCCAAGACUACCAGGCCAGGGAUGGCACCACCCACAAUGGACCCUCUCACCCUUGAUCACUAAUUGAGAAAAUGCCUGACAGCUGGAUCUCAUGGAGGCCUUUCUUCAAGGGAGGCUCCUUUCUCUGUGAUAACUCCAGCUUGUGUCAAGUUGACACACAAAACCAGCCAAUAUACCAGGUAAGUCUAGAUUUGUGUCAAGUUGACAAAAACUAACUAGCACAGUGUAUGUUACGGAUGCAUGAAGGCAGACAAGUGCAGAGGUCAGAGGGCAAUUUACAGUCAGUUCUCUCUAUUUGCUAUGCACUUUAGGAUUGAAGUUAGGUCCUCAGGCUAGUACUGAAAGUUCUUUUAUCUGCUGAGCCAUUUGGCUGGCCCCUGUUCACACAAAUCUCAACAGGAAAACCACCAUUAACAGCACUUCAACUAAUUUUGUCAUCUGGUAAUGAAAUGAAAGACACUUUUAUUUCUCAAGCAAAAAAAAAAAAAUCUCAUUAAUUUACUUCUCAAAAAUAGUAGAGAAGUCAAAAAAAUCCAAACAAACAAACAAAAAACCGAUUGGCCAUGCCUUUAAUCCCAGCACUGAGGAGGCAGAGGGCAGGUGGAUCUUUGUGUUUGAGGCUGGCCUGGUCUACAGCGUGAAUAGAAAAAUCCUGUUAAAAACACAAGAAAAGGGGCUGGAAAGAUGGCUCAGCGGUUAAGAGCACUGACUGCUCUUCUGAAGGUCCUGAGUUCAAAUCCCAGCAACCACAUCGAGGCUCACAACCAUCCAUAGUGAGAUCUGAUGCCCUCUUCUGUGGAGUCUGAAGUCAGCUACAGUGUAUUUACAUAUAAAAUAAAUAAAUAAAGGCACUGAGAGUGGGUGGGGUGAAGAGAAGAAUUUACAUUUGUUUCAAUAGAAACAAUAGUAAUAGAGAGAUAGCUUAGUGGUUAAAAGCACUGGCUGCAAUUCCAGAGGACUCAGGUUCAGUUCCAGCACCCUUACAAUCAUCAGUAACUCCAGUUGCUGGGGAUUUGACACUCUCACACAGACAUACAUGCACACAAAACAAUGCACAUAAAAUAAAAAAUAAAUCAUUUAAAAAUUAAUGCAAUUCUAUUUCGAAGACACAAAACCUCAAAGGGGCGGAGGGCAGACUUACAAAUCUCUGGGAAAACCAGGAAGUCUACAGAAGGAACUCAAAAACGUGGAUUUUCCCCAGAAAGCAGAACAGGCAGUCAACAAAACUCAGAAAAUGGAGCUGUCAGGUCGAAACAUACAAAUACUUCAACUAGACCACCUUUUGAACAUUGAACUAGCUGAUGUCGGGAUCACUUUCCUGGACGUAGACUUUGAAAAACAAAACCUUAAAGAACCGGAGAGAAGACAGCGCGUUGAAGUUACUGUAACGCACCUUUCCUCGCAGAUUCUGUACUUAGCAUUGCUAUUAUAAACUCCUGAAGUCCAAAGCUGGCGGCAGCUGAGCCCUUACUGACUUCAGGAAGCCAAGUGGUUAGGGAGAGGGUUUCAAAAAUCAAGAAAACCAAGCAUUUCGUCCACGGAUGCCCUUUUCUCACAGCGGAAUGAACCGCGGAGCGGGAGGCAUGAAUUCUGGGCGUAGACGCACCCUUAGGAGAGCGCUUCCAAGGCUAAGAGAUCCUGCUCCACACCGGACAGCCUAUGGGAGCGAGAGGAAGCUCCCGCACGGGCAGGACACCCAAACCUUAACCCGCAGCUAACGGGCUGCGCGGCUCCGGUCCAGGACCUCGCGGCCCGCACCCAGCAGGGAACCACGCAUGCGCAGGCCCCAGACCCGCGCGGGAUGCCCGGCCGCGGCUGACAGAGCCAACCGCUCGGCCUCGCCCGGUGCCGGCUGCCGCCGCCCUCCUCCCAGCGCCGCGACCGGGCUCACGCUUGUCUCCUUCCAGCUGCUCAGGAAUCGGCGGUCCCGUCAGGCCGCUGGGGGCGCGACGCCGACGGCUGCUGCGACAGCCCGGGAGGCGCGAGAGGCGCCGGGGUCGCGGCGGCGAUUGGCCGGCCGCGGCGCCUGCUCCCAGAAUGCAGCGCAUGGCGCGUCAUUGAAGAGAGACCAUGAUGGCGGCGGCGCUGGGGCCCCCAGAAGUGAUCGCUCAGCUGGAGAACGCGGCCAAAGUUCUGAUGGCACCACCUUCCAUGGUCAGUAAUGAGCAGCGCCAGCAUGCAGAGCACAUAUUCCUAUCAUUUAGGAAGUCCAAAUCACCAUUUGCAGUUUGCAGGCAUAUUUUGGCCUCCAAAAGUAUGUUCGGGAACAGAUUCUAUUAGCAGUAGCAGUGAUUGUAAAAAGAGGAUCAUUAGAUAAGUCAAUUGACUGCAAAAGCAUAUUUCAUGAAGUCAGCCAGUUGAUAAGUAGUGGCAAUCCCACUGUGCAAACUCUGGCCUGUUCUAUUCUAACUGCUCUAUUGAGUGAAUUUUCAAGUUCAAGUAAAACUAGCAACAUUGGGCUGAGUAUGGAAUUCCACGGUAACUGCAAGCGAGUCUUUCAGGAAGAAGACCUUCGGCAGAUCUUCAUGUUAACAGUUGGAGUUCUGCAGGAGUUCAGCAGACGGGAGAACCUCAGUGCUCAGAUGUCCUCAGUGUUUCAGCGGUACCUCGCCCUCGCCAACCAAGUCCUGAGCUGGAAUUUUCUCCCUCCAAAUUUGGGCAGACAUUAUAUAGCUAUGUUUGAAUCCUCACAAAAUGUGCUGUUGAAGCCAACAGAGUCCUGGCGGGAGGCUCUUCUGGACAGCAGAGUUAUGGAGCUCUUCUUCACUGUACAUCGAAAAAUCAGAGAAGAUUCAGAUAUGGCACAGGAUUCCCUGCAGUGCCUUGCCCAGUUAGCGUCUCUCCACGGACCCAUCUUCCCCGACGAAGGAUCCCAGGUUGAUUAUCUAGCACACUUCAUUGAGGGCUUGCUCAACACUAUUAAUGGAAUUGAAAUAGAAGAUUCUGAAGCCGUAGGGAUCUCCAGCAUUAUCAGCAAUCUGAUAACUGUGUUCCCUCGGAAUGUUUUAACUGCCAUCCCCAGUGAGCUCUUCUCCUCCUUUGUGAACUGCCUCACACACCUCACUUGUUCUUUUGGGCGAAGUGCUGCGUUGGAAGAAGUGCUUGAUAAGGAUGACAUGGUAUACAUGGAAGCAUAUGAUAAAUUGCUGGAGUCCUGGCUAACUUUGGUCCGAGAUGACAAGCAUUUCCAUAAAGGCUUUUUCACACAGCAUGCAGUUCAGGUGUUCAAUUCCUAUAUUCAAUGUCACCUUGCUGCUCCAGAUGGCACAAGAAAUUUGACAGCCAAUGGUGUGGCCUCGCGUGAGGAAGAAGAAAUAAGUGAGCUCCAAGAGGAUGAUCGUGAUCAGUUUUCCGACCAACUAGCCAGCGUAGGAAUGCUGGGACGGAUUGCUGCCGAACACUGUAUGCCUCUUCUGACAAGUUUAUUAGAAGAAAGGGUAACAAGACUCCAUGGCCAGUUACAACGGCAUCAGCAACAAUUCCUUGCUUCACCCGGAUCAAGCACCAUUGACAACAAAAUGCUUGACGAUCUUUACGAGGAUAUUCACUGGCUUAUUCUAGUUACAGGCUACCUCUUAGCUGAUGAUACUCAGGGAGAGACUCCGCUAAUACCUCCAGAAAUAAUGGAAUAUUCCAUUAAGCAUUCAUCUGAAGUUGACAUUAAUACAACACUUCAAAUUUUGGGAUCUCCAGGAGAAAAGGCUUCUUCCAUCCCAGGGUACAGCAGAACAGAUUCUGUGAUUAGGCUGUUGUCUGCUGUGCUAAGAGUCUCAGAAGUUGAAUCUCGAGCAAUAAGAGCAGAUCUCACUCAUCUACUAAGCCCUCAGAUGGGCAAAGAUAUUGUUUGGUUUCUAAAACGCUGGGCCAAGACUUACCUCCUGGUAGAUGAAAAACUGUAUGAUCAGAUAAGUUUGCCAUUGAGCACAGCAUUUGGAGCGGAUACAGAGGGUUCCCAGUGGAUUAUCGGCUACCUCUUACAAAAGGUCAUCAGCAAUCUGUCGGUAUGGAGCAGUGAACAGGACCUCGCGAAUGACACUGUUCAGCUCCUUGUCACUUUGGUAGAAAGAAGAGAAAGGGCAAACUUAGUAAUUCAGUGUGAAAACUGGUGGAACCUAGCAAAGCAGUUUGCAAGCCGAAGCCCACCUCUUAACUUCCUGUCCAGUCCAGUGCAGAGGACACUGAUGAAGGCUCUGGUCUUAGGAGGCUUUGCACAUAUGGACACAGAAACCAAGCAGCAGUAUUGGACUGAGGUUCUGCAGCCUCUUCAGCAGAGGUUCCUGAGAGUGAUCAACCAAGAGAACUUUCAGCAGAUGUGUCAGCAGGAGGAAGUCAAGCAGGAGAUCACUGCCACAUUGGAGGCCCUGUGUGGCAUUGCUGAGGCCACCCAGAUCGACAAUGUAGCCAUCCUUUUUAAUUUUUUAAUGGACUUCCUUAACAAUUGCAUUGGUUUAAUGGAAGUUUACAAAAAUACUCCAGAAACUGUCAAUCUCAUUAUAGAAGUUUUUGUUGAAGUUGCACAUAAACAAAUAUGCUAUCUUGGAGAGUCCAAAGCUAUGCAUUUAUACGAAGCCUGCCUUACUUUGUUACAAGUGUAUUCUAAGAAUAACUUAGGGCGGCAAAGGAUAGACGUCACGGCGGAGGAAGAGCAGUACCAAGACCUGCUUCUCAUCAUGGAGCUUCUCACUAACCUUCUCUCAAAGGAGUUCAUCGACUUUAGUGACACAGAUGAAGUGUUUAGAGGACAUGAGCCAGGACAAGCAGCAGGCAGAUCUGUAUCGGCAGCUGAUGUCGUUUUAUAUGGAGUAAACCUAAUUCUGCCCUUAAUGUCACAAGAUCUUUUGAAGUUUCCAACCCUUUGUAAUCAAUAUUACAAACUGAUCACAUUUAUUUGUGAGAUUUUUCCUGAAAAGAUACCGCAGCUUCCUGAGGAUCUGUUUAAGAGUCUGAUGUACUCCCUAGAACUAGGGAUGACAUCAAUGAGUUCAGAAGUAUGCCAGCUUUGUCUCGAGGCCUUGACACCAUUAGCUGAACAAUGUGCUAAAGCACAAGAAACGGAUUCACCACUUUUUCUAGCAACACGACACUUCCUUAAGCUGGUUUUUGAUAUGCUGGUCUUGCAAAAGCACAACACGGAGAUGACCACUGCAGCAGGCGAAGCAUUCUACACAUUGGUGUGUUUGCACCAGGCUGAAUAUUCUGAACUGGUUGAGACAUUACUGUCAAGUCAACAAGACCCAGUCAUUUACCAGAGAUUAGCAGAUGCCUUCAACAAGCUCACAGCGAGCAGCACUCCUCCUGCCCUGGACCGGAAGCAGAAGAUGGCCUUCCUAAAGAGUUUAGAAGAAUUUAUGGCAAAUGUUGGUGGUCUCCUUUGUGUAAAAUAAACAAACAGAGCUAUAAGCUUAACUUAGAUCCUUUCUGCAAAGUGCACUGAAUUGCUGAAAGUUGACUUGAGUCUUGUCCUGUUCCUCAGUUCGUUUGACCAUUUUGGAUUUGGAAAGCCUGAGACUUUGAUGUGGAGUUCCGUGAAACAGGAGAGGUCAACUUGAAAUCAGCUUCGUCAUUAGGUGUUAGCCAUCAUCUGCCGUAUACUUGUCUUCUAGAUUCUGAAUGGUGAUUUAUAUUUUUCAAAAUGCAAUUCCAUAUAUGUGCAAACAGAUAUGGGCACCAUGAAAUUCAUAUUCAGUGCCUUUUCCCCUUUUGUCAAAGCAUAGGUGGCUAUCCAAAGUUGGUAUGUUCUCGGCAUUAGUUUUCAAAAUGUCCAUGGAUCCCUCGUCAUCUGAGGAGCUGAUUGUAGGAGGGAUUCUUGGGCCCUACUGUGCAUCAUUAGCAUAUUUGGUUGUUGGACUCUAGAGUAACCAUUUUAAUAAGCUCCUUCCUUUCAUUACCCUAAAAGUUUUAAUUCAAUACAAGAGAUGCUGAAACCAUGUAACAGGUUUUGUGCUUUCCAACAUUUCCCCCCUUCGGUGAUUAUAAUUACGCAGGAAGAAGAUCCUUACAAGUGUUUGUUGGUUUCAUAGUCCUCCCUCUCCCCACUUCCUCCCUUUCCUUCCCUUUCAGCCUCACUGUUGCAGGUUUUGUGUAAUUAUUUCAGGUUUCUAAUCAGACUGUGAUGCCUGAACUUGAGGAAAAUACGUGUAUAUUUUCGUUCCGUAAAGAUGACUUUAGGAACUGUAGCCAUUUCAUUGCCUUAAUUUUAAGAGGAAAAGACAAACCAGAUUUGUUUUAGAGAGAAAUUAAGUCUUGACACUUAAGAGUUGGCUUUGGGUAUUAGCUGCUAUGAUCCUCUUGCCCCUUUGAUUAUGUAUUUAUGUUUAUCAGUGAGUGGAAGAGCAUCCCAGCGUGGUUGUCUUUCUCAGUGUGUUUCUGUCCAGCCACACAGCCUGUAUCUACUCUGAAUGGCUUGCUUAAGCAAUAACUUUUUAAUGGGUGUGAAUGACUAAUUCACACAGACUAUUGCACAUUGGGGCAUCAGGGGCAAUAAUUAUGCUGAAGUGGGCGCUAUCCUCGUGUCACAGGAGCCACACUAACUCAAUCUCAAAGACUUAAACAUUUAACUUUAGCUAGGCAUGGUGGUGCAUGCCUGUAUUCCUGGCAUUUAGGAAGCUGAGUAUGAAGGUCAGGCUAGUCUGGGUUACAAUGUAUGAUCUAUCUUUAAAAAAAGAAAAAGAAAAAUUCUCUUUAGAUCCUCUGGCUUUUCUAAUCAGGAUUUUUAUAUGCUCCCGUGCUCCUCUUAAUUUUUGUGUCAGCUUUAAUUAUGAAAAUGAAAGCUCAUUUAUAAACAGCAGGCCUCUGACACAGUCACACAGUGCAGUGGCAGCUCGAGGCCUCUGACCUAGGUGCAUCUGAGACUGCCAUGCAAGGGCAGGCUCCUCUGCUGUUCUUGACGACUCCCUGCUAAACCAUCUGUCAAGUACUGUCCUCCUACCUGAACUGCACAGCACGUGCAUCUUAAUAGCUGAUGCUCUGGGAAUUUUGUGUAACUGUAGAAGCAGAGCAUCUAAAUUACAUCCUAUACCUGUGAUGCUAGGUGUGCGAGGAUGCGAAGCUUAGGGCCAUACAUUUUUGAGAAUCCUUUCUUCUAAGUUGAUCACCAUUUAGUAACAGUAUGUAUGGAAAAAAAUAUCUCUACUGCAAAGAAGAAAUAUAAUUCUACAUGCUUUGUAUUUUAAAUACUUAGAAAGGUUGUUUUUAGGUGUUUUUUUUCUCUUUAAUUGAUCUGCAGCAGCAAUCACUCAUAUUUUGUAUUGUUCUUGAUGUCUGUGUUUCCUCAGCAGGUGUGGUUUCUGUGUACCUGUGUGUGUAUGAAGGGUGUGGGCCUUUUGACAGAAGGCUUUGAGAUCCAACUAAAUAGAUAGGUCACUGGCCAAGACAAAGCAGAGAUGUGUAGGGAAGGAUGCUUUGGUAAGUGGCAAGGCAUCUAUCUGUGUAUAAUAACUUGUAUUCAGACAGAACUAUAUUUAUUACAUUUGACAAGAUCCUAGGAUGAUAUACUCCAAUUCUGUUACACCCCUGUUGAUGGAAGGAAGAUUUAUUUUAGAUGGGACCAAAUAAUGCUUAAAUGAUCACCAGAAUGUUGAUUAGUGGCAAGAUGAGGGAAAAAGACCCCACUGUAUUUUAGAUAAUGAGAAUGCCACUUAAUUGUCCCACUCAGAUCUUACAGGGCAUUUGUGUGUUUGUUCACUUUACUGAGUGUUAAGUUUGAUCUUUGGCCCAGUUUUGUUUUCUGCUUUGUUUCCUAGCGCUCCUUGGACUUCUGAACUGUAUUAGUGUCCCACUUCUUUUUUCUUGAUGCUCUUGCCCAAGUGGGUAUUGAGGCCACUGACUUCAUGCUCAUGAACUAGUUUUUCCAAUUCAAACUGACUGUUAAGUUACUGGAAAAUGUUUUUAAAACAAAAAAUUAUGUGCCCUUUUUAAAAAUACAUGUUAAAUGGACACUGUCAAGUAUUUGAUUUUUUCAAGUUUUUUGUUCAUACAGUACCUUUUAGCCUUUAUUUUUCCACACUUUUGUUCACCUUAUCCCAGUUUAUGAUUUUGGUCAUUUGUUUCCCAGGGCACAAUCAAUCACUGAAUCAUCUGCACAGUCACAGGAGGUUGUCUGUUAACACUGGUGCUAAUGUAGCAGCUCCUGCGAUCGCCCCUUUAGGUCUCUGGAAAGAAAGGGUAAUUUGACAAUGUCCUUGUGUUGAGUUGGUGGCUCUUUGGAUAUUUGACAGUGUCCUUUUCGAACUCUGAUUCUGGUGGAAGACUGCGUUAUGUCAACCUGACUGUAUUGCUUUUGUUGGAUAGAAAUGACAUUUUGUAAUUCUUUCCCUAAAUUUAACUUAAAAUUUUCAAAUUUAUUGUAUGGAAAAUAUCUAAUGAUAAUCAUUUUAGUCUGUUCAGAUGAGAGGUUGCUACUCUUUGUCACAAUUUCACUUAAAAACAGAUCUAUAAUUUUUCCCCACUCAACACUCUUUUUGAAGUCAAGUCUAUAUACUCAGCUGUCAAUUAUUUCUGUUAAUACUUGUAUGAAUCCCUCAAAUACUGAAGGAAAGCUAGCUCUUAGUUUUGAUAAUUUCAGCUUGGAGCUUCCUAAGGGAUAGGUAGUGUUGAUUGAACCCUAAAAAUAUUUUUCUUUGUUAUAUUUUUACAUAUAUUUUGUUUGCCAUCUCUGUUGUCAGAGGUGAUUGUCAUUGGCCCUUCCUAGCUCUGUCUUGCAAGUCAUUAUCAAUAUUGUUUUCUGAGUAAAACAUUUAGCAUUUCAAGUCUGAAGGAACUGCAGUGUUGUACAGAGGGACUCUUUCUUUCUAAGAAAGAGUAUGGAACUCAUUCGGAUAUGAGGGAGGUUUGGUUUGGUUGGUUUUCGAGACAGGGUUUCUCUGUGUAACCCUGGCUGUCCUAGAACUCAGUCUAUUGAUCAAACUGGCCUCAAACUCAGAGGUCCACCUGCCUCCUGAAUGCUGGGAUUAAAGGUGUGUGCCACCAUACUGCUAGAUAUGUUUUUAAUAUUAUAAUUUUCUACCAAAUACCAUAGAUGACUGGGUAUGUAAUAGUAUUUUAAAUUAUUUGAAAAUAUAAGUGGAUGUUCUCUGACUUUUUCUAAAAACACUGCAUUUCUUUAAAACUUGGCUUCCUAGAAUUAGAAAGGAAAAUGUCCAAUUUUAACAUCUUGUUGAAUUCAAGUUGAUUUAAAGGCCCAUGGCUCAAGUUGAACUUCAUUUUACCUUAAGCAUAAAAAUUGUGAAGUGUUCCUGGUUGAUUAUAAUGGGAAACCAUGACCUAUGUAGCCAAAGAAUAUAUUUGGUUCAGGUAAAACUAGACGAUUAAUAAUGGACAUUCAUUUUUGCUAGUUUUGAAGAUGGAUGAAGUUUCUGUCCUAUAGAUGUGUAUGUGGAAGUCUCUGUAAAGACUGAGAUAUUCAGCUGUGGUGAUGAUUCCCUCCUGAGUGGGAGUUGUGUGACUGGCGCUAGUCAGCUCCCUGUACCCACUGUGGCCUGCUCUUCACCUGUUCCCAGAACUUCCCGGUUGUGGGAAGGUUUGGAUCUCUGGUCCUGUUUGCAUCUUUAGGCCUCUUAUCUAUUAGGAGCUGUCAGGUGUGUUCUGGCGGCUGAUUUCCCUAGCCUGAAGAAAUUUACGAUAUCUGCACUAUGUACCUACUGGGGGGGGUGGGGGUGGGGUAUCUGACCUCAAGUGUGCUCUGAGCCCAGGUUUUCUCGUGUGGUGUCUUUUACCACGAAAUUAUGACACAUUGCAAAUCCUGGUAUUGUGAUCUUAUUCUCUGUACAAAGAAAGAAGCUCUAUGCCGUGAGCUGUGGUUUAAUGGUCACAGAAUGUCAGCACUGCUAUCAUUCAGCACGUGUAACAUUUUUAAAUUUAUAAAUAUUAAAAUUUUAAACUUACA